AACCAUUGUUCUCCCUUUUCAUCUUAGAAUGAAAAUCCUUCAUUCAAACUCUUUGAUUUUUUCAGUCAAGUAUCAUAUUUAAAGCAAGAUUAUGUCUUGUUUUUCUAUGCAAGGUUCUUCUAGAAUAAAAGAGGAACUUAUCUUGCAAAGAAACUUCCUUGUGAACCAGUCAUCACGUAAAAGCACAGUGCAUGAUUGUAUUAUAUAAGCAGAAAGCUGCAACGCUAAACUUCGUGAGCAAACAAGGUGGCAAAUUUUCACCUUCAUGGAGUUACAUCAAGAGCUUGGAUCUAAUGAUGAGAUGUUCCAAGCUCAGUGUUAUAUAUAUAAACACAUGUACCACUAUUUUGAAUCCAUGUCUCUGAAAUGUGCUGUUCAGCUUGGAAUUCCUGACAUAAUCCACAAACAUGGCAAACCUAUUACCAUUCCGGAGUUGGCUUCUGCUCUUCAAGUUUCCCCGACAAAAGUGAACUCUCUGCAGCGCGUUAUGCGCAUGUUGGCGCACUCUGGCUUCUUUGCUUCAGCCAAAAUGCAUGAGAAUCAAGAAGGAGAAGAAGAGGGUUAUAUUCUUACAACAACUUCUUCUAUCCUCCUGCGAAAAGAUAGCCCCACCAGCUUGACUACAACUGUUCUAGCAAUGCUAGAUCCUGCGCUGAUAACUCCAUGGUUUUCCCUUUCUGAUUGUUUCCAAGGGAAUGAACUCACAGCAUUUGAAACUUUUCAUGGAAUGAGUUUUUUGGAAUAUGGAAGGCAGAAUCUUGAGUUUUUCAAUUUCUUGAAAGAGGCCAUGGCCUGUGAUUCUCAAUUGGUGAGCUUGAUUCUUAAGAACCAUAAGGAAAUGUUUGAAGGAGUAGCCUCACUUGUAGACGUAGGGGGUGGGACAGGAACCCUAGCCAGGGCGCUUUCUGAUGCAUACCCUCAUAUGAAAUGCACAGUCUUGGACCUCCCACAAGUUGUUGCAGACUUGCCAGAGAGUAAAAGCUUGAAAUUCGUCGCUGGUGACAUGUUUCAGACGAUUCCUUCUGCAGAUGCAGUUCUGAUCAAGUCUGUUCUGCAUAACUGGAGCGACGAGGCCUGCAUAAAGAUUUUGAAACGAUGCAGAGAAGCUAUUGGCUGCACAGACAGGGGAGGAAAAGUGAUAAUCAUAGAAAUGGUGAUUAAUGAAAAGAAAGAUGAAAGUAAGCAGCUGGCGGAAACAAAGCUCUUUGCAGACAUGCAAAUGAUGCUUGUAUGCACUGGAAGAGAGAGGAACGAGAAAGAAUGGGCAAGGCUCUUCAUGGACGCUGGAUUUAGUCGCUAUAAAAUGACUACCACUUGUGGGUUAAACUCCAUCAUUGAGGUUUAUCCAUAGGCAAUAACUUUUUAUAUUAGUUUCAUGUUUGUUCCUUGUGGGUUGCUGCAGGCAGUUGCUGAGCGAAUAAUGCGAUCGCAGCUUAAUGUAUCGGGUAGAAGCAGCUUGCUCUCUAAACAUAUGUUUAAGUUUAAUGGUCAUCAAUAAUAAUAAUAAUAAGUGAUUCUCCUAAA